CGGUGCUGUGGUGCUCUCAUUUCAUCACUGUGUGCGUGUGUGAAACAAACUACACAAUGCGCGUGCAACGCUGUGCGCGCCCGUUCCUGAUCUUAAUAUUGAUGGGAGUCAGCCUGAUUUACAUGAUGUGAGGAGAUAAUGAGACUGCAGCUGACUGAACCUGAGAACAAAGCAGCAGCAUAAAGUCAGAUAUCCAGAGCAGCAGGCGGACCUUAACUCCCAGAAUGCCUGAGCAGAGUAACGAUUACCGGGUGGUGGUGUUUGGAGCCGGUGGAGUGGGGAAGAGCUCGCUGGUCCUUCGGUUUGUCAAAGGCACCUUCAGAGACACCUACAUCCCCACUGUGGAGGACACGUACAGACAGGUGAUCAGCUGUGACAAGAGCGUCUGUACGCUGCAGAUUACUGACACAACAGGAAGUCACCAGUUUCCCGCCAUGCAGCGACUUUCUAUCUCUAAGGGCCACGCCUUCAUCCUAGUGUUCUCCAUCACCAGCCGCCAAUCACUGGAGGAGUUGAAACCCAUAUACCAACAGGUCCUUGCCAUCAAAGGUACGGUGGAAUCCAUUCCCAUCAUGCUUGUGGGCAACAAAAGCGAUGAGACAGCUCAGCGCGAGGUGGACACGAAGGUGGCCGAGGCUCAGGCUGCAGCCUGGAAGUGUGCCUUCAUGGAGACAUCGGCCAAGACAAACUCCAACGUGAAGGAACUGUUCCAGGAGCUGCUGUCCCUGGAGAAGAAGAGGGACAUGAGCCUGAGCAUCGACGGCAAGCGCUCAGGGAAACAGAAAAGAGCCGACAAGUUGAAGGGGAAGUGCAGCAUCAUGUAGAGCAGGCACUGGACUCGCUGUACAGAUGUGGAAACAGGAGGGGGAGUCUGCUAACGAACUCCCAUAGAGAUUCCCCGCCCCCCAUCCAUCUUUACCUUAUGCCAGGGCCUCUGGGAUGCUCCUGGCACCGAACUGGAUUGUGUGUGUGGCUGUGAACACUUACAUAUACAGACCCAUCAACCAUUACACUCGUAUUAUAAUAGAGGAAUACUCCACUGAUUUUAUUUUGUGUAUCUUUGGCCAAGCCAUGAAUGUAACUUUUUGUAGAAGCAUAAUGUUAAUAAGAUAGAACUUUAUUUAUUCCUGUGGGAAAUUGUUGAGCAGCAGACGCAGUACAAAGAUUAGAGGAUUAAAGAUUGUUGAAGGAAUAAGUAAACCAGAGACCAGAUAACAUUACAGAAAUAAUGGUUCUGAGAUUGGAAGAGGUGUUUUCUAUCCGAUGCUUUAUGUAACCUCACAAAACAAUGGAGCUAGCUAAUAAUAUGCUAACUCUUGGCUUGGAAGUAUGUAACAGAGAACUAAAGUAGAGUAGAUUAAUUCUUAUACUUUUAUUCUUGUGAUUUUGGUUUAAAAACAAAAGCAUCAUGGUCACCUCGCUAAAAGGCGCACUUUAGCUUGUCCCAGCGUCCUGUCCUGUGGUUUGGUUGGUGCCCUGAGUAGAGGAUGGGAGCCCUGGUUUACUUUUUUCAUAUCUGCGACCACACCCUGUGGUUAGCUGCAUCAUGACUUUACACCACAUAUUGAUCAUAAAUGCAGCCAUUAACCAGCUACAGAUAAGGCUGAAAACAGUGAAGUAUUCCUUUAUCUAACAGGACGAGCAACAAUUCCAUUAUAAUUCUAUUCUUGCUGGCUGUGACCGCAAACUACAGGAUGUUCCCUGUCGGUUCUGCUUCCUGCUCAUCAUUAGAAGAACGCCUACAUACAAGCUAAAGGUCUUUACCCUACACAUUAACAGCACAGCCACUCUAAUACACUGACAGACAGCAGGACAAACAGCAGACGCUCUUAAAACAUCAGGAAAGUCAAAAUGGCUUCAAUGAAUUCCACAAGCACAAGCCGGCCUUCCACUCUUGUUUUCAUUUCUGUCAGGCUCUCUGGAGACAACAUCCGUUUGCAAAAAUAGCUGGACAAACUGUAUAUAUCAUUUAAAGAGAUGGGGACAUUUCUGGAAUCAUCAUUAGUUUCAUCUUCAUCACACCACAAUCUCCCAAACAUUUAAAAGCAGAUUGAGGUGCAUUUUGGGCAAUGUAGGCGCUAGGUUUGGCAAAUUGUAUGUGUAAUAAAAUACACACUUAUUGACGUUCAUUAGUCUGACAAUGUGAAGUGCUCUUUUAAAAAAAGCAGAGUUUAAAGUAGAGAUCCAUUAUAUGGCUUCACGGAGCUUUUGAGCACUUUAAGGACUUUUUUGGCAUCAAGUUUCAAUAGAAAACUUAUAACACAAAUGAAUUACGUUGCUUUUGUCAGCUGUAAUUAAAGUUUCUUCAUUGUUCGCCAGGACCAAUACUAAAAGCUUUCUGUGUUUCAUGCCGAUCAGACGGACUUGAAGGGUGUGUUUCCUCUCUCCUGAUGGAGCUAGUUCAAGGCUGCUGUUUUUAAAUUGGUUGGUUUGGUUAAGCGCUGCCCCACGUGGUCUUGCUGAUGUAGUGCCACUGCUGGUUUCCGAAAGUUAAACAAGAUAAUUAUAUUUCAUUAAAAUGUUUUACUUUCUAUUUCUUUCCCCCCCUUUUUAAAUCCUCUCUGUACUGAUAUCCCUCUUCUGCAUGAUGAAGAAAAUGUUGAAUUGUUACUUUAACUAUCAGUCAAGAUAGUCCCUGUGAGCAACAGCUGUAUAUUGCAAAUGUCUUUCCUUCCACUUUACUUGACAGUUUGAUAUAUUCUUGAACAUAAGUGGGUUUAAAACUUUACAAAGCACAAACACAACAAACUAAAGCAAGCACACGUUGAUCCUGCAGAAAAUCUGUUACAUUAUGUUCAUGUCAGUCCAUGCUGAUCACAUUUAUGCACUUUUGAAAUGUUUUUUUCGACUGUAAAAAGCUUUAUAACAAGUUUUGUGUCCAAGAGGUCACCGUAUCCUCCGUGUUACAUCAGUCUGGCUUCAGCAAUUUUAAAAAGUCUUUACUCCGUAUGUGGGGAGCGCUGGGGCUGCAGUAGGAAAAUAAAUAACUUUACAUUCCAGUUUUUAAAUUGUUCACAUCCCUUGUUCAUGUAAUUUUCAUCAAAAUGUCAUCAAUCUUUUUAUUUCAUCAUAAACAACUUCAUGUCAUUCUCAGAACAGAUAAGUGCUGUCACAUGGCAGGUUUGUUUUGGAAAGAAAAAUUACAUUUGCUGGAUAUACAUUUGUAUUUCCAGAGAAUGUUGCUUAAAAAAGCUCUUCAUUUAUAAUAAUAAUAACGCUCCGUAUUUAAAUAGCACAUUUUAAAACAUACACAUUACUUUGCAGUAGAAAUGUAUAGUAAAUAGCAGGGGGCCCAGAAUAGACCCCUGAGGGACCCCAAGGUAGAUGUAUCACUCAUGUAUCUUUUGCAUAUUGUAUUUCUUGUGUUUGCUACCAACUCAACACUCCUGCCCCAGUGCAGGUCCAAGCGGCAGGAAAGAGAAGGAACUAUGAUCCAAAACAGUCGAACAGAUCAAACAAAGCUACCAACAUGUUGGCAGCUGUCUACAAACCUUUAUUCACACAACAGUAGUACAUUUUGCUUUAAAACUAAUCAAAUGUUGGUAUAUAUUUCAACAAAAGAAAUAUCAGAAUCCUGAGGACUUCAGAGGACACACUGCUGAGACCGUCCCUGAAGCUCUGUGUUCUGGCUUCACAUUUUUGUUUAGGGUAAAUGGAACUAUUCUCAUGUGAAGGAAGUGAUUGAAUAAAAAUAAUGCUGUUGUACAGAAA